AUGGAAAUUCUCGGCCACCAAAUCGAGAAAAUUGCAGGCUUUUGUAAACCGCUGUCUGGUCACAUCCUUAAAAUUCGGUGGCCACAAACAAUAUCUUACCAGGAAUUGUCGCGUAGGACAGGUCAGAGGCGCUUGGACAUCGACAUCAGAAAGCGCAAAUGGCAAUGGAUUGGUCACACUCUGAGAAAACCAAACGAUGAUAUUGCGAAGCAGUCUUUUGAUUGGAAUCCUCAGGGGUCACGGCGGGUUGGAAGACCAAGAACAACAUGGAAAUCUACAGUGCGAUCGCAAGCUAACUCCCAGAGAAAGACGUGGCCAGUUAAGGGCCUCCAAUAA